AUGUCAUCUCUUUCAGAACUAAUAAAUUGCUGCGGCUGUACAAUGAUCUUCACUGCCGACAAUGACAAGUUACACAAGGAUAGCGAGAGCUAUUCUGAUCUUCUCGAUGAGGGCCUGCUGUCAUUUAUGGAAUGCCCUCUGCCGUCCUUCCAAAUGACAUUCUCAUCUUCGUCCUACUCUUCUUCUCACCCAGCAAUUUGCUUUGAAGACCCCUUUGAUGAUCCAAGCAUGGAGCCUAUCCCCAUUGGUCGUCCCAACACUCCAAGCGGCCAGCAAUUGUCGUUUCUUCAAUCGGUCCAUGACGCAUCAUCUUCUUUCGUGACAGGUGAUGUGGAGGGCGGUCUCCCACCUUCUUCUUUGGAACUGAACAACAAAGCAUCGGAUGUCAAACUUCGACGAGACCUGAUCGACAUUUUGGGCCCCAUCAUCAACACCGAUGGAACCAAACGAAGUUGCGAAGCCAGCUUUACCAACAUUAACCAGGGCGCGCACAGCGUCAAGCGUCAACGGACAAGCCACAUGAUGCAAGCCUCUCCUGCUGCUGGCGAAGAAAGUACCGCUCGCUUUCGUCCAUACCAAGAGGCACAAUGGCAGGAACAGUUUCAAAAACUCGUCCAGUAUAAACUUACGCAUGGGCACUGCUGUGUUCCUCACUCUUGCCAAGAAGAUCCUGUCCUUGCACGAUGGGUCAAGAGACAAAGAUACCAAUACAAGAAGUUCAACGAUAACGAUCAUACUUCUACGAUGACCACUCGUCGUAUUAGAGAUCUUGAAUCCCUUGGUUUUGUGUGGAAAUCGCACGCCUCGGCAUGGGAAGAGAAGUUCAACGAGCUGAAGGCCUUUAAGCACCAACGAGGCCAUUGCAACGUUCCGGCUCACUAUCCAGAGAACACUGCAUUGUCCACCUGGGUAAAGUGUCAGCGUCGGCAGUACAAGCUUUUCAUGUCUGGGGCUUCAGCAAGCAUGACGAUGGGAAGGCUUCGACAAUUGAAAUCCGUGGAUUUUGUAUUUGAUGCUUCAAACAAGAAGGUAUGUGUACCCGGAACGACGUUCGAAACAAGGCGGCUGAUGCAGAGGACAUGA